GUGGGAAAAUCGAAAAUGGGAUACAAAGUACUUACCAUUUUGAAACGUAAAUUGAAUCUUAGGAAAAAAGAAUGUUACUCCUCUGUUAAACCUACUCCGUUAUUUAACCCAUUGACUCUUGAAAUCUUUCAGGUUGGAAGUCGGAUUGCAGACCGUGUGUAUGACAUAGCCAGAGAUUUCCCUCUUGCGCUGGAUGUGGGAUGUGGAAGAGGCUACAUAGCACAACAUUUGAAUAAGGAGACCGUGGGAAAGAUUUUUCAAACAGACAUUGCAGAACAUGCUUUGAAAAAUUCCUUAGAAACAGAUAUUCCUACUGUGAAUAUUUUAGCUGACGAAGAAUUCCUUCCCUUCCAAGAAAACACAUUUGACCUGGUGGUUAGCAGCUUAAGUUUGCACUGGGUGAAUGACCUUCCUAGAGCACUUGAACAGAUUCAUUAUGUCUUAAAAUCAGAUGGGGUGUUUGUUGGUGCGAUGUUUGGAGGUGACACGCUCUAUGAACUUCGGUGUUCGUUUCAGUUAGCAGAAACAGAAAGAGAAGGAGGAUUUUCCCCACACAUUUCUCCUUUCACUGCUGUCAGUGGCCUAGGACAUCUGCUUGGGAGAGCUCGCUUCAAUACUCUGACUGUGGAUACUGAUGAAAUUCAAGUUAACUAUCCUGGAAUGUUUGAAUUGAUGGAAGAUUUAAAAGGUAUGGGUGAGAGCAACUGUUCUUGGAACAGAAAAGCUCUGCUGCACCGAGACACGAUGCUGGCAGCUGCAGCGGUUUACAGAGAAAUGUACAGAAAUGAAGAUGGUUCCAUACCUGCCACAUACCAGAUCUACCACAUGAUAGGAUGGAAAUACCAUGACUCUCAGGCAAGGCCAGCUGAAAGAGGUUCUGCAACUGUGUCAUUUGGAGAGCUAGCAAAACUAAAUGAUGUCAUGUCACAAGGAAAAAAACAAUAAAUAUUAUUUUAUUCAAUUGUAA